GAUCCGGAUGUGCGCUGCUGUCCUGCGGCAGUAAACAGCAGCCUGUCCCGCUGACGUGGAGCUACAGUUUCUGCACCAGAUCUACGGGUUUAUCCGCUUUUAUCCUUUACUACCGCCAUUUUCAACAUUUUUACUCGAACAUAAUUCAACUACAUGCGUGAUAUUUCAUAGAAUUGACUGAAUAUCGGGUUAAAAGUUGUUAAAAUAGUUAUUUAAGAUGGCGGAUGAUGCUAGCAAGCCGUUCGCAGGACUCGCAGAUGUGUCCAUAUCCGAGGACAUUGCAGUGGAGGGGGACAUUUCAGUGCCUGUGGGGACAUCCAGGCGAGAUGAGGAGCUGUCGACUCUGGAUGAGCCGGUGAAGGAGACUGUACUGAGAGACCUGAGAGCUGUGGGGAAUAAGUUUGUCCAUGUGUUGUAUCCGAAGAGGAGCUCGGCGCUGCUCAGAGACUGGGACCUCUGGGGGCCUCUGCUGCUCUGUGUGACUCUGGCUCUUCUGCUGCAGGGGGGAGCCACAGAGACCCAGGAGCAGGGAGGACCACAGUUUGCUGAGGUGUUUGUGAUCGUGUGGGUGGGCUCCAUCGUCAUCACCUUGAACUCGAAGCUCCUCGGUGGCACUCUGUCGUUCUUCCAGAGCCUGUGUGUCCUCGGUUACUGCAUAAUGCCCCUCACUGCGGCUUUAGUCGUCUGCCGCCUCGUCCUGCUCUUGGCCAACAACGCGGUGAGCUUCGCAGUACGCCUCCUGGUAGUCAGUGCCUCCUUCGGGUGGUCCACGUUCGCGUCGACUGCUUUCCUCGUGGACAGCCAACCUCCCAAUCGCAAAGCACUGGUGGUCUACCCCGUGUUCCUGUUCUACUUUGUGAUUGGAUGGAUUAUCUUAACUUUUUCACCAUAAAAAGUCACUGAACCUAAAGACAAUGGAUGUUCCCAUGUUAAGCUUUUUUCAACACAACAUUUUUCAUGUUUUUAUAUCCAAAAAUAUAUGAAAAAUGUCUCCUUUUGGGAUGAAUGCUGUUUCACAUUCUCUCAACACCUGGAUUGUCACAUUCUGCUGGUGAUGAUAAAAGUCUAGUGAAGAUGUAUGUUCUUUAAAACACAGAGAAGCACUUCCACAGUUCAAUAGGUUGUGUUCAUGUGACACCACAACAUUGUAGAAUCCCUUUAGUUUAACCUGAGCUGAGACAGAAUCCUCAGGUGGAGUUUCAUCUCUGUAAUUACUGGACCUAUCCACAUGAAACAAAAACUGGCACAAAGUUCAGUGUCUUCUGCCAGUAUAAAUAAACAAAAGUCACAUGAUUUUUUUCACAUUAUCUUCAGAAAGUGGUGCCAUUAUUCAACCCAAAAGACACAAUUGUUGUCAGCUGAAAGGACUUUAAGCCAUAAGACUAACACGACAAGUUUGUGGAGCUAACUAAUAAUGAGAAGGUUUAACAUUUGUGGAGCAUAAGUUUCGAGAUUUCUUUAAAAACAGAUAAUCUCCCGUAGAGUUCUGUAUGCUCCGCCCUUCCCCUGAAACGAUAACUUCAUCUAAUUCUAUAACAUGAACACGACCUGUUGAAAUAAAGCAAGUUUUUUUGUUCAGGAGUCAAUCCAAGGAUUACGCAAAUCUCAAAACAUGUAUUAAAGCCUGCCUGUGGGAUCUUAUGGACAAAGCGCUUUACCAAAUCUGCCUUCAAAUGACUACUGACACAGAUGGAACACUAGGGGGUGCUGUGGUUUGCCCCAUUUCGCUGGAAGUGGAUAGAAUGUUUACUAUUGUGGAUAAUAAGAGUCUAAACUUGUACAUAUGGGGGAAAAGGGUUAUGAAUGUCUUCCAUGGAAAUAUUUUUAUGUGAUAUUAAUCUAAAUAAGUUAACUUUCAUUUCUGAAGUGGUUGGGCUGUGAUCUGGAAUAAGUUUGAAUUAAUUUUGAAAUAUUUGGAGCAGCAGACGGGAGCAGUUUGGUCUUUCUUUUAACUAGGCAGGUCAAAGUUUAGUUUUACAAAACUGAGAUGAAACGACACAAUUUUAAAAGUGCACUAUGUAACUUCUAUCUGCUUGUCUCCAUGGAGAUGGUAUUGCUUAGUCUCGAAUGUUACACAGUAUGGUAUUAAGCUUCUCACAGUAAGAAGGCAUGUUUUACUGUACUUUUGAGCAAAUCAACACCAGCAAUGAAAUAAAAGAUGGAUGUGUUUAAUGCAUUACUGUGAACCACUCCAGGCAAAGAGUUAACAUCUCCAUGAGGAUGAGCAGGUAGCAGAAACUCAAAUUAAUGUGAAAGACAGAUAAAAAAAAAAACAUUUCGUAUCAAAGAAUGAAACUCGUUCUUAAGACAAGCAGCUCCUUUCUGCACGCAGUAAUGGUGUUGAUGAAUUGUUCUUUGGAGUUUUCCCACUGAAACACUUGGAAGCUAAACGCUGUGUUUAGCAUUGCUCCUGUCUGCUACUCCAAACUUAUGUUAGUUUAAAUGCAGUUAUUAUUUUGGAUUACAUCUGAGACAUGAAAUGCAGAAAAAUCACAAGACGGAUACAGAGAAAAUUCAACCGGCAACCCUCUCCUCUGAGGGCACUGACUGAGCCACUGUUGCCCCUAAUGCAGAAGGACUACAGCGUUUGAUAUGAAAUAUUUUUGUAAACAUAUUUGGGAGAAUGAUUGAAGGACCAGAAUCUCAGAUAUGGACUGACCAAUCAGAGCACAGCGUAGGUUUGAUGGGCGGGUUUGUUUAAUAAUUAACUUUAAUUUAUGAUUUAAAUAAAAUAAUAAAAUUUAACCAUUCAAAA